AUGUCCCUUAUGGCCACAGUUGAAUCCGACGUGGAAUUCUUGAAGAUUAAUACUCCGGCGAUGUCCGGUGGUAGAAGACGGCAGCUCUGGCAGCCACCUAGGGUGGUAGACACUGUGUCAUGCCGGCAACUCUACUUAAGGAGUGCUUAUACGUUUUCAAGAAAAGAAACUGUUCCUCAAAAAACCAAGAAAUGUUUUGGAAGAGUUAAAGAAAGAGUGGCUAAUGGUGGCAAAAAGAAGCGUAAGUCUAGUCGGCGACGGCGGCGCGUGAGGAGGUUUACGGCGGUGAAGAGAGUGAAGAAAAUAUGUUGUGCGGCGUUGAGUGGUGUUUUUCGAAGGUUGUUAUCAUGCACUACUACUGUUGAUGUUGUGGAUCAUAGUAAAAGUUAA